UCCGUAAGUCAGUAACAGUCUGCGUAGUUGGAUACCAAGAGGUGAGGCAGUAAGGAAAGGAACAGACAGACAGCAGUUGGAUCAUCCGGAGUAUAGACUCCUAACAGGUGGCGAACAAUCACAAAAUGAGUGCCUACGGAGGUUCCAAUCCAAGAAUCAACACUUUAGGACGCAGAGUUAAUUCUCAAGAUUUUGACAGAGGUUAUAACUUUGGUGGUGGGAAUGGAUAUGAUUACCAGUCGGAAUACCAGAGUUUUUCGAAAACUUCCCUGGGUGGAGGUGGAGGGGGAGGAGGAGGAGGACAACAAGCAGCAGUAUUCAAAUUGCAAAAGACUUCCCAGCAUGUACAUAAACAGUGUAUGGAUGCCCUCUUCAGAGCUGACCAGAUUCUUCAUAAUGAAGGGCCGACGCCAGAGGUGACCAGAAACAUGGGCAUCGCGUCUGAAUGUAUAAACCAGCUGAAGAGCAUGGCCAUGGAGCUGCAGUACAUGGGCCAGCCCACUGAUAAACUCCGGAUGGGUAUUGGAGAUGCUAUCAGGACGCUGCAGGAGGUGCAAGGUGCUAUGGGUGGACAAACAAUGAGAAAGAACCGUGGAAGUAUUGGUUGGGACGAACCCACCAAGAACUUUACCGACGCCGUUGCAUGGAUCAACCAACAGAAGCGGCUGAUCGAAAUGGCUCCUUUUGGUGAUGACGCAGACGCUAUUGAGCAGCAGAUUGUGAAGCACAGCAAGCACCACAGCUCUCUGCAGCAGAGCAUAGAGGUGGACAGGGCACGCAAUGAGCUGGUUCAAAAGGGCGACAAAUCUGCCUUGCAUGCCCUGGAUCAGGAGUGGGACAGUUUGCAGAAAAUGUCCUUUAGUCGCACCGGUCAGCUGAGGGAGCUGCAGAGCAUCAUCGAGGAAAUCUCCCGAGCUAUCAUGUGGGUGAAUGAACGCGAGGAGGAAGAGCUGGUGUUUGACUGGGGUGACAAAAACAUCGACGUCUACAUUCCCAAAAAACAGGAGAGCUACUCUAAACUCAUGAGUGAUCUUGAGGUGAAAGAGAAGGACCUGAAUAAACUGAAGCACAAAGUGGACACGCUACUGAAGAACAAGCAUCCAGCCUCGGAUAAGAUAGAGGCUUACAUGGACACGCUGCAGACCCAAUGGAGCUGGCUGUUGCAGAUCACCAAGUGUAUUCAUGUCCACCUGAAGGAGAAUGCAUCCUACAGCCAGUUCUUCAAGGAGGCAAGCGAGACCUACACCAAACUGCAGAAGGAGCAUGACAACAUCCGCAAGAAGUUUACUUGUGACAAAAACACGCCCCUCGAGAAUCUGGGUGAACUCCUUCGCAACCUGGAGAGAGAGAAAGAGAGGCUGAUGGAGCACAAGAGGCAGGUCCAGACCCUGGUCAACAAGUCCAAGAGCAUCGUGCGGCUGAAGCCUCGCAACCCGGAGGAGAAGAGCACCAGCCCGGUCAUAGUGGAGGCCCUGUGUGACUUCAAACAGGAUCAGAAGGGCAUCAUGAAGGGUAACGAUGCCAUCCUGAAGGAUAACUCGCAGCGCAGCAAGUGGCUUGUGACGGGGCCGGGCGGCCUGGACAUGAUGAUCCCCUCUGUGUGCCUGCUCGUCCCACCCCCUAACCCACUCAGCAUUGAUCUAGCCAGCAAAAAUGAGCAGUACUACGAGGCCAUCAUGAACAUCUGGAGCCAGCUGUACAUCAACAUCAAGAGCCUCAUCUCUUGGCAGUACUGCGUCAAAGACAUCAACUACAUCAACUCCCUCACCCUCAGUGUGUUGGCUAAAAUGAAACCUGAGGAGUACCGUAGCAUCAUGAAGCGCCUGGAGACCCACUACCAGGAGUUCCUGCGUAACAGCCAGGGCUCGGAGCUGUUCGGCGACAAGGAGAAGUGCGACAUCGAGGCCCAGUACAAUCAGGCCACCGGCCACUAUGACGCGCUGGUGCUGCAGAUCCCAGGACUCAGUGCCCCUCCUGUGGUGGAGAAGCCUCCAGAGCCGGCCUCUGUGCUGAGCGUGAGCCUGCUGUCGGAGCUGAACGUGCUGCGUCGCCGCAUGGAGGAGGCCGAGCUGGGCCUGACCCGCCAGCUGCACGUGCCCCUCAAGGAGAACAGCGUGCAGGAGUGCUCCCAGCGGCUCCUCCUACUCCAGGGAGUCCACCAUGACCUGGACGGCAUCCGUGACGACUACCUGCGGCUGCGGGAGAAGAUCUUGCUGCAGCUGCAGGGGGCCGACCCCGAGCAGGCCAAGUACCUGCGCAGCGAGCUGGACAUCAUCAACCUCAAGCUGGGCGGCCUGCAGAGCUUCUCCACCGCCUACCUGCAGAGACUGAGUGCGCUCAGGGCCUUGCUCCAGAGCCUGGUCCAGGCUGAGGACAUCGUUAAGGUGCAUGAAGCCCGUCUGACUGAGAAAGACACAUCCUCCCAGGACCUGAAUGAAAUCGAAGACUACUGUGUCACCCUGAAGGACAUGAAGUCGGAAUUGGAGAAGAAGAAGGAAGUGUUGAAUGCAAUGGAGACUGAGCUUGGGAAGGCAAUCCACUGGAACGGGCAGAUCGACCACUCCUUCCACCAGUGCGAUGUGGACCUGUCCAAAUAUGCAGACCUGGUAGGCCAGAUGACAGACCGCUGGCGUCGCAUCCAGACACAGAUUGACAGCCGUCUGUGGGACCUGGAGAAACAGGAGAAGCAAUUGAAGCAGUACAAGCAGACGAGUGGGCAGCUGAGCCUUUGGAUCGAGGACGCUCAGCAGCGGCUCGACGGCCUGCAGGCAGCCAAGCUGAGGGACGUGCAGACCCUCCUCGACCACCUCAACCAGCACAAGUUGCUGCAUGGUGACAUCAAAGGAAAGAAGGAGAAGGUGGAAAAUGUCCAGAAAGAUGCAGACACAUGUGCAUCCUCCAUCAAGGAUUAUGAGCUGGAACUGGCCUCUUACAGUGCUGGUUUGGAGACACUUCUCAACAUCCCCAUCAAGAGAACCUUACUACACUCGCCGGCUGGGGACAUCAGAGAGGAGGCAGGAGAUCUGCAGUCUCGCUACAUUGAGCUCCUGACACGAUCCACAGACUACCACAAAUACCUGGUAGAACUGCAGAAGAACAUGGAGGAACUUAAGAUGAGGAACACUAAAAUCGACUUCUUGGAAGAGGAACUGAGGCGCCUCAAAGACAACCUUCAAGACAAAGACCAAAAAAAUCAAUCUCUGCAAGACUCACUGUCCCGCUUCCAGUUAGAGCUCAAUCAGUCCAAAGAGCAGCUCAUCGUUGUGGAGCAGAUCAAGAGUGACGUCUCACGCCAGUGCAACGCCACUAAGGAGAACCUAGACAACACCUCCCUGCAAGUGCGGGAGCUGAACGAGCAGGUGACGCGCCUCACCUACCAGAUCGACGAGGAGAAACGCAAGAGGAGGCUGGCCGAGGAGCGCUACACCAGCCAGCAGGAAGAGUACGAGGCCGCCAUCCGCAAGCGGCAGAAGGAGCUGGACGAGCUGAACUGGGCGAAGAUCGACUUUGAGAAAGCCGUCAAGGACAAGGAGCGCGAGAUCGAGCGGCUGAGGAGGCAGCUGGAGGAGGAGGCUGCGCAGCGGAAGGCGGCUGAGUCUGAGACCUCAAAGGUAAGAGCCCAGUACAGCAAGGAGAUAAGUAGCCUUAAGCAAACGUACGAGACUGAGAUCCAUGUCACCAAAACCAACGUCCUCAAGACCACCCAGCAAAAGGAGGAUGACAUCAGCGGCCUCAGGCUGAAGCUGGACAAGCUCUCUGCUGAGAAGAGGGACUUAGAGGAGGAGAUCAGGAGGCUCCAGCUCUCCCUGAGCCAGAUGGAGGAGGCCAGACGCAAGGCAGAGGCCGAUGCCCAUCAGCAGCGCAGCACAGGCACCGAGGAGGGCAGGAGGCGCAGGGAGCUGGAGAUCCAAAUCCAGACUCUGGUGACUCAGAGGACGUCAGACGAUCAGAGGCACAAGGAUGCCCUGAAGGAGGCCCUCAAGGACGUUCAGGAGAAGAAUCGCCAGAUCACUCUGCUCACGCAGAACCUAGAGGAGGAGACCAGGCGCCGCAAGGCCCUGGAGGCUGAGGGCAACGCCCUGAAGCAAACGCACGUGGAGCUGCGCAGCAAGAACGUCUCGUCGCAGGAGACCAUCAACAAGCUGAAGAUCUCCGACCAGGAGCUGGUCCUGAUCCGAGUGGAGCUGGAGAAGGAGAAGGGCGAGAAGGAGCAGAUGGGCAAGUACAUCACCCAGAUGCAGGCCCGCAUCACCGACCUGCAGGCGUCCGUGGACCGCCUGGAGGAAGAUGUGGAGAGGGAGAAGAAGCACACCCAGGACGAGCUGACUCGCAGGAAGCGUGUGGAGACCGAGCUCAACCGGGUGAAUCUGUCCUGCAAGGAAUACACCACCACCAUCAACACGCUCAAGGUGCAGCUGGAGGAGGACUCCGCCCAUGAGAGAAAGGCUGAGAAAGACCUCCGGGCCUUGCAGGAGGCUCUGGACAAGAGCCUACGGGACCACAAGCUCACCAGCGAGAAACUAGACACAUUGAACGCCUCGUUCAAGGCCUUGCAGAGUCAGCUGCUGCAGGAGCAGGCACGGCUCCGAGAGGCCAACCAGCGCAACGAGACCCUCUACAAGACCAUCGAGGAGAAGAGCCGCGCCCUCAACGACAAGGUCACAGAGAUCGAGAAGCUCCAGACCCUCACUCAGAACCUGACCAAGGAACGCCUGCGACUGGAGGAAGAGCUCCGCUCGGCCCGCCAGGAGAGAGAUGACUUGAAGCAGAGCAAGAACGUCAGUGAUAGUGAGAGGACCUCUCAGAUAUCCGCCCUCCAGCUGCAGCUGCAGAACAGCAACAAGAUGUCUCUGGAACACCAGGCCCUCAUCAAUGAACUGACAAAAGAAAGAGAGGCAUUAAAGCUGGAAAUUACCAAUAUCCAAAAGCAGGCCAUGGAGACAUCCAUGAUGAUCCACGAGUCCCAGACGCACUACAACGAAAUUCGCCAGGAGAGAGACAGCCUGCUGGCUAAGCUGAAGCUGCUGGAGCAAGACAAGGGGAAGCUGCAAAUGCUCGACAAUGAGCUGAGCCGCAUCAAGGUGUCCCUCGAGUCUGAACUACGUGUCAAGCAGCGGCUGCAGGAUGAGCUGGACAAGAUGACCAAGGACUUCAACUACUGGAAGAGUCAGUACGAGGUCAAGGAGAGACAGGUGUCGACAUGUACCACCGAGAAGGACAAGGUGGAAAGGGACCGCAGCUCCCUGCUGAGCGAGGUCGAGAGGCUGAAGCUGGAGCUGAGGAGCGUGGAGGAGCGCUACUUGAACAAGCUGCAGGGCUCAGAGAUGGAGAUCACCGAGCUCACCAAGCUGAGGGAGACCCUGGAGAGAGAGAUCAGGAAACUCCAGCAGCGCCCCGAUGCCUUCUGCAAGCAAACGCAGACGGACGAGAAAGUCAUGACCGUGGACCCAUCCAAGCUGCUGUUUGAUGGCGUACGGCGGAAAGUGAGUGCUCACCAGCUGUGCGACUGUGGCGUCAUCGAUAAGGCCACCCUGGACAAGCUGAUGAAGGGUCAGAAGACCGUGUCCGAAAUCGCCAUUGACAUUCAGCUCAGCCUCAAGGGCACUGGGGUCAUUGCCGGUGUGGUGCAAGGGUCUCAGGGCAGAAUGCCUUUCGCUGAGGCCAAGUCCAAAAGCCUGCUGAGUCCAGAGAGUGCCAUGAUGCUGCUGGAAGCCCAGGCUGCCACCGGCCACAUCUUGGAUCCCAAGUUCAAUGAGAAGAUGUCUGUGGAUGCGGCGUGUUCCAGAGGCGUGGUGGAGACCGAGGACAGAGACGUGUUGAUCAUUGCAGAGGCGGCCAGCACAGGCUUCAAAGACCCCUACACUGGAAAACUGCUCUCCAUUGGCCAGGCAUACAAAAAAGGACAUGUAGACAAAGACACGACCUUGCGCCUUCUCCAAGCCCAGGAGUCAGUUGGCGGCAUCUUGGAUCCGGUCCUGAGCGUGUACCUGCCUAAGGACGCGGCGCUCGAUCGCAACCUCAUUGACGAUGAGAUCUACAGGGCCCUGAACAAAAAGCCUGCCUGCUACCUGGAUCCAGACACUGAGCAGAAGAUCACCUACACCGAUCUCAAGAAAAAAUGCAGAAUGGAACCUGCCACAGGCUUGCUUCUGCUCCAAGCCCAGGAAAAAUCGCAGACAGUAAAAGGAAUUCGUGGUGAGGUCUCCAUAAGUACACUAGUGGAUGCCAAUCUGUUGGAUAAAAGUGAGGUGGACAAACUGUCUGCGGCAGAAAUAGAGAGCAAGCUGAAGUCUUACUUGCAUGGCUCCGACUGUAUCGCUGGCAUUUACGACGAGGCGAAGGACAGAGUGCUGUCCUUCUACCAGGCCAUGAAGGAGGGGCUCCUGAGACGAGGCACCACUCUGGAGCUUCUUGAGGCCCAGGCUGCCUCAGGAUUCAUGAUAGACCCAGUCAACAAUGUGUGUCUGACCGUGGACGAGGCUUACAAGCGAGGCCUGGUUGGUAAGGAAUACAAGGACAAGCUACUCUCUGCCGAGAGGGCCGUCACUGGAUACAAAGAUCCACACUCAGGGAAGAUCAUCUCACUUUUCCAGGCCAUUGAAAAGGAGAUCAUUGAGAGGGGCCACGGCAUCAGGUUGCUGGAAGCUCAAAUUGCAAGCGGUGGCAUCAUCGAUCCCAUACAUAGCCACCGCAUUGACGUGGACCUGGCCUACAAGAGAGGCUACUUUGAUAAAGAAAUGAAUGAAAUACUGACCUACGAGGGGGACGACACAAAAGGCUUCUUUGACCCCAACACUCACGAGAAUCUGACCUACUUGCAGCUGAAGGAUCGGUGCAUAACAGAUGCCAAUACAAAGCUCAUUCUUCUGCCCCUCAGAGACAAGAAAAAGCAACAGCAGCAGCAGGCAUCACAGAAAAACACCCUGCGCAAACGAAGAGUUGUAAUCGUGGACCCCGACACUGGCAAGGAGAUGACAGUGCGUGAGGCUUUCCACCGCGAGCUGAUCGACUACGAAACUUUCCUGGAGCUGUCCGAACAAGAAUGCGAAUGGGAGGAAAUCACCAUGACUGCAUCUGAUGGCAGCGUUCGAUUGGUUGUGGUGGACCGCAAAACAGGCACGCAGUAUGAUGUCCAGGAGUCUGUGAACCAGGGCAUCAUCGACCAGGCCACACUCGACAAGUACCGCUCUGGAGCCAUGACUCUCACCCAGUUUGCAGACCUGCUCACCAAAGACAUCAAGGGCACGGAUCUCGCAAUACUAUCCACCAGUGCAGAGGAUGUCGUCACCUGUGGCAGCCCAACUCAGCUGACCCCAUCCUCGCCCACCAUCCGAAAGCGCUUCGCCAGCGUCUCCAUCACGCUCUCCCCUCCUGCGGAGAUGCUGGACGACCAGAGUCCCGUGGCCGCCAUCUUUGACACUGAGACCCUGGAGAAGAUCACCAUCCCAGAGGCACUGCGGCGGGGCAUCAUUGACUCCAUCACAGCCCAGAGACUGUUGGAGGCACAGGCCUGCACCGGAGGGCUCAUCAACCCAGCCACUGGCCACAGGCUCCCCCUGCAGGACGCCGUGCAGCAGGGCAUCAUCGACGAGGACAUGGCCGCCAAGCUCAAGCCGGCCCAGAAAGCCUACUUCGGGUUCGAGGAUGUCAAGACAAAGAGGAAAAUGUCCGCCGCAGAGGCCGUGAAAGAGAAGUGGCUUCCCUACGAGGCCGGACAGAGAUUCAUGGAGUUCCAGUACCUCACGGGCGGCCUCCUGGAGCCCGGCACAGGCCAGCGGGUGACCAUCGAGGAGGCCAUACGCAGGGGGUGGCUGAACGGACGCAGCGCCCAGAAGCUCCAGGACAGCAAGAGCUACAUCAAAAUGCUCACGUGUCCAAAGACCAAGUUGAAGAUCUCCUACAAGGACGCCAUGGACAACUGCAUGGUGGAGGAGAACAUGGGGAUGAAGAUGCUGCAGGCCUCGUCCAUGUCCACCAAGGGCAUCAGCAGUCCCUACAAUGUGUCCUCCGGCCCCAGCUCCCGCUCAGGCUCCAGGGCUGGGUCAAGGACCGGCUCCAGGGCCGGCUCUCGAAGAGGCAGCGUCGACUACUCCUCCUCCUACAGUUAUAGUAGCUACUCGUCCACCUCCAAGUCAUUCAGCUCUGGCUCCCUGGCAUAAAGAUGACAUCUACUGCAGCAGUGGUUAUGCAUGGCAGACACACACACACACACACACACACACACACACACACACACACACACACACACACACACACACACACACACACACACACACACACACACACACACACACACACACACACACACACACACACACGUGCACAGGAACACUCAUUCUUUCCUAUUAUGUAGCUGUACAGCUUUGGAUUUUAUAGGCAUUCAGCAUUCAUUUAGUUAGUAAACUCAGGUCAGGGAGUACACAUCAGCAUUAUGUUAGAGUAUGUUUCUAUGUUAAAUUGUUUUUUAAUCAUUUAUUAUCAUACUAAUGGUGCAAAGAUAAUUGUUGGGUAGCUUCUGUACUGUGCAAACAUUUACUGCCUUUUGAAGUCAUAUGGUACUUGAGAAAUUGUUUUAUUCCUGAAAUAUUUGUAAUUUUAAAUGUUAAAAAAAAUCACAAGACACUUUUGAGAUUUUGAUUGUGGUUUGCUACUUCAUUGAGUUUUAUUACACUGAAUAAGAAUACUUUUAGUCCCAAAAUGAUGUCAUUUUUCUUCUCAGUUUUGUCUUUAGAUACAGUAAGUGAAAAUCGCAAUAUGAAAAUGCAAGGCUUUGGAUGUUUAUAAUGUUUUGUAUUUGAGAACAAAAAAACAUAAAGUUUCUAUU